GGGGAGCGAAGGAGGUCCAACUCCAGCCUUGUUCAGUGCUCUUACUCUGAAAAUGUAGCACUUCCCUGCCUCCAGAUCUGAAACCUGCAGGAAACAACAGCAGCAAUGAACAGAGAGCUGGUCAGGAAGCAGUAGUGGGAUGCUACGUGCAGAUACAGACCUUCAGGCCCAGCCAACAUGAGUCACCCUCUGAGCCCAUCCUCUGCCUGCUCAUUGCAACACGGCUGACAGAAACCUUCCAGCAGCAGCGCCUGAAUCCCUGACGAGUUUUGGUUCUAUUGCACAAAGCUCUGCCCCGUGCACAGCUUUAGGUCCCUGCGCCUGAUGAAGAAUGACACCAUGAGCUUCCAGAAGUUCCCCUACACCAACGAGGAUGAGGCUUGGAAAACCUACCUGGAGAACCCCUUGACUGCAGCCACCAAAGCUAUGAUGAGGGUGAAUGGAGACGACGACAGCGUCGCUGCCCUCAGCCUCCUCUAUGACUACUACAUGGUGCCGAAGGAGAAGAGGAUCCUUCCCCCCGCGAUGAUGGGACGCAACGACCUGGCAAAGAGCAGGCACUGCCAUGGCAUGGAGUACGACCCGGAGAUGGCCUUCGACAGCUCAGCUCACCUGAUGAAGCUCCUGUCUGAAAACGUUUCCAUGAGCCAGGAAUAUUGUGAGCCACAGAAGAAGAGCAGCUUGAGCCUCGAGGGUGUCCCUGCCCCUCACAAGCCAGCCAUGCUCCCACCGGGCACUAGCAAGCUGGAUGCCACCCCGGACAACUACAUGGUGCCUCCAGGGGAUGUCUAUGACAACAGCUCCUUGAACUCCCUCUUCGAGGCCAUCCCUGUGGCCCCAGCACAGCAGAGGUGGCAGCCAGACAGCACUUUCAAAGAGGAUCCCCAGGAGUCCCUGCUCUUCAGUGACAUCCUCAAACCCCAGCCAGAGCCACCCUGCCCCGAGAGCUAUGCCACGGACGGCGUGAAGAGUGACUUUGAGUACACUCUGGGGUCACCCAAAGCCAUUCACAUCAAAUCUGGGGACUCUCCCAUGGCCUACCUCAACAAAGGACAGUUCUACCCCAUCACGCUGCGGACGGCUGGAGACAGCAAUUGUUUACACUUGUCCUCAAAUAAAGUGAAGAGUGUUGUGAUGAUCGUUUUUGACAACGAGAAGAUCCCCACGGAGCAGCUGAAGUUCUGGAAGCAUUGGCACUCGAGGCAGCCCACGGCCAAGCAGAGAGUCAUCGACGUGGCUGACUGCAAAGAGAACUUCAACACGGUGCAGAACAUCGAGGAGCUGGCUUACAACGCCCUGUCCUUCGUCUGGAACAUCCACGAGGAGGCAAAGGUGUUCAUUGGGGUGAACUGCCUCAGCACCGACUUCUCCUCCCAGAAGGGGGUGAAAGGUGUCCCCCUGAACCUGCAGAUCGACACCUACGACUGUGGAGGUGGCAGCAGCCAGCUGGUGCACAGAGCUGUCUGCCAGAUCAAGAUCUUCUGCGACAAGGGAGCAGAGAGGAAAAUGAGGGAUGAUGAAAGGAAGCAGUUCAGAAGGAAAGGGAAGUGCCUGGACUCCAACAACAACGGUCUGAAAGGCUGUUUGCUCUCUGGCUUCAGAGGGAAUGAACUCACCUUCCUGAGGCCAGAGACUGACCUGGAAACCCAACCAGUCCUCUUCAUCCCCAACGUCCACUUUUCAACCCUGCAGAGGUGUGGCACGGUGCUUCCUCCUGCUGUUCCCAGCUCUGCAAACAGGCUGCCCCUGAAGCGCGGCGCUGCCUCCUUCGCCGACGACUUCGACCAGAUACCUCCAAAGCAAACCAAGGAAGAGGAUCCUCAGAGAGUGCUGCUGUACGUGCGGAGGGAGCCGGAGGAGGUGUUCGAUGCCCUCAUGCUGAAGACCCCAGACCUGCAGGGCCUCAGGACAGCUAUCUCAGAGAAGUAUGGGCUCCCCGAGGAGAGCAUCCACAAAGUCUACAAGAAAUGCAAACGAGGGAUCCUGGUGAACAUGGACAACAACAUCAUCCAGCACUACAGCAACCACAUGGCCUUCCUCCUGGACAUGGUGGAAGCAGAGGACAAGUUCCAGAUCAUCCUCAAGGAGCUAUAAGGAGCCACAGGCAGCACUUAGCAGGACUUGUCUCCAAGCCAGCAAGUUUGACCCCAGAGGGCUCAGCCUGGUGCCUCUCCUGGGUGCCUUUACUUGAAUCCACUGCCCUGGGCAGGGCUCCUGGCCACACGGUGCCAGGCCAGGGACUGCUGGGAAGAUCUGUGAGUGCUGUGAAGGUGGCACAGGGACCUGCUCUCUCCUCAGUGUGUUAUUAAUUAUUAUUAUUAUUAUUUUUUAUUUUGUGGGAUUGGAUUCUGCCCUGGGCCUGAGCUCCUGCCACAGCCGGCGCUGGCACAGCCCUCGGCGCCCUGGCAGAGCCUGGGGGGGACCUCAGCUGCUGGCUCUCUGCCCCAUCCUGCCUCAAGCCCUUGGCUCUGUCCCGAGCCAUCAGCCACGCAGAACCUUCAAACCAUUUCCAGCAGGGCUGAGCCCAGCUCUGAGCUCCUCUGUGCCCGCAGAGACCUGGGCAGGCUCCUUCCGCGCUCUGCUGGCGGUCGGACGCUGCCUGUGCCCCCACGGCCCCCCCAUGUAAAUACCCCCCCCGGCCCCCCCAGCCCCUGUUGAUACAUUUCUGAUGUCUUUUGUUCCUUUUGUAUUUUAUACAUGGAUAAAUGAUUUGCAUCCUUUUA